GACGGGAGUGACUAUUCAGCUGUCUGGUACUGAGAAUUCUGAUUAUUUGCGGUACGGAAAGGAGUUUUUCAAGUGGAUAUCGUUCAUUGAAAGAAAUAGAUGUUUUUGUAUGUUAAAGGAAGUGUGAAGUAUGAAAAGGAGAACUCUCGAUGCCUCCAAGCUGCGAAGGCCGAUUAGGAGAUCAAGGAUAACUGAUUCGGUCCAUGGCAGUUGGUUUUUGUACCUAAGGUUUUUCAUUGUUUGGCUUCUUGUUAUCACAAUGGAUUUCCUCCUGGAGUUCAGAUUUGAGUUUCUGUGGCCUUUUUGGUUGCUGAUUCGAAGCAUUUAUGAUUCCUUCAGAUACCAAGGGCUGGGCUUAACAAUUCUAUUUUUGGUGGUGACAUUGUGUGCAGAUCUACUGUGUCUAGUUGUCUUACCAGUGCAUUGGUUGUUUUUUGCUGCAAGUACAUAUGUAUGGGUUCACUUUGUGUGGAAUACAGAUCGUGGUCCAUGCCUUCCAACUCUUUCACUUUGGUUGUUAUUUGUUUAUGUUGAAGCCUCAGUGAGGUUACGAGGAAUUAAAACAAUACCAUUUCAUUUGGACUUAUGUAGACCGUUUGCAGCUCAUUGCAUUGGCUACCCAAUGGUUAGCCUUGGCUACGGCUUUAAAAGCUAUGUAGGUUGUAGAAUUAAACAGUAUAAACAAGAAGAUGUUUCUAAAGAAAAUGAUUUUUAUCAUCAGCUGAUAGCUUAUGCACUACCGUCUGAUCUCAUGCAAAAACAAACAUCCGAUAAAGCUUUCAUUGGUCGGAUCCCGAUGAUGGAUUGUCUUUUGAGUCGGAAAGGACCCUUGCCAGUACUUACAAAUGGUAUUAAUACCAAAAUGGACGUUGAAGCUUUGCUAGCGAGAGAAGCUAACAGACGGGGCCUAAAACUCUCCGAUCUGAAAGCAGAUAUCGAGGAGAAAUCCUUAUCAUUGAAUGACCUCGAACUUAUAUCUAGUAUACCAGCAAAGACUAUAUCUAUUGCGGGCUCGCAACGUAAGGGAAUAAGCAAUGGAGAUAUAGAGAACGGCAAUGUAAAAUUUUCUGUCGGAAAGGCACAGGGUAAUUCUAGAAAUUACGGAGAUACAAAGAAAAUUAGCUUUAAAGGGCGGAACGAUAUCGAGGAUGAGGAGAACUCGGACAGCGCGGAUUCCACGUCAAGUAGCGGUGUAAUGCGCAGCAGUACAAGUAGCUCACCAAAGUCGGCACGUGACAAAUCUUUAGAAGCGUCAUUGCAAGCUAGAAUCAAAGAUGAAGUUCAAAUAAGACGAAGAAUCGAAUCUCAGUUAGGUCAAAUGGAAUCUGACUUAAAGCGAGUUCGAUUCGACUUACAUUCAAGUAGGCAACAGGAAACUGAGCUGCGCGGACAGUUGAAUUCCAUACAUGCCAGUGAGCGAUUCCUGAAAUCUGAAUUAUCCAGACUUAGAUUGGAGAACGAUGGAUUUACACAGAAAAUCACAUCUCUCAGUAAUACCGCCAAGCAGGACAAGUCAAAUAUCACAAGUCUAGAGAAAAAGUACAAGAGCGAACGGGAUUCCAGACAGAAUCUCGAGCAGCAAUUAAAGGAAAUUAAGAAAAAGUCUCAGGACAUGUCGAACCAGCGCGAUAGUCAUGACUCUUGCGUUACCAAGCGACAAGAACUUGAGCAGGAACUUGUCUCAAUGCGGGGAAAAAUUUCUGAUUUGGAAGAUAGGGUUUCAGAAUUAGAUGGUGAGAACGAGAAAUUGAAAAAGAAAUCAAUGGAUAAUGAUGGAAUGAAAUUGAAAAAGGAGACAGAGCUUCUUUAUUCUGCGUUAACAGCAAUGCAAGGGAAAAACACCCAUUUGGAGCACAGCCUGAGCUCCGAGACACGCCUCAAACUUGAUCUGUUUUCAGCCCUGGGAGACACAAGACGACAACUUGAAAUCGCGCAAAACCAACUGGCAAAUAAGGACAAAGAAUUGGAAGUAUUUAAAGGGAAAUUCGCGGAGGCAAUGGCAGUAAUGCCACAGAAUUUCAAUGAGACAUCACUAGGAGGGUUUCUUAGUCAUAAUCAUAAUCAUACUGAUUCUGGAUUGGUGAAGACCUCUUCAUACUUGCCAACUACUUCCGCAUACGCACCAGUCACUAAGAAUGGUAUCCUAUAAGGUGACUCGUUUCAUGAAAAACUGUUGUAAUUAAAACUAGAGAUGCUGCUUUUUUGUUGUUUCGCUUUCCUUUGUCACUUUUCGUAAAAAAUCGACAUGAUCUUUGAGAUUUUUGCCGUAACGCAAGGCAUUUUCUUUUCAGGCCAGGAAUUUUCAAAUUUUUCUUUUAGAAUUUUUUAUAAAUUCAACUUCCCUCACCUUACCUUUAUUGUCCUUUUAGUUGAUAUUUUUUGUGACCCAUUGUUAUUGGAAACUUCAUAUUUUAGUCAGAAAGUGAUAUUUUCAUUUCUGGAAACCUUCCCAUUGCUAAAGAUUGAGAUCAAAAUAUUGCAUAGAGAAAUAUUAAACCCACUCCAAUGUUUGCAGUUAUACUUUCAGGUCAAGCUACAACAAAACGAACCAAUAAAAACCAGCAGCAUUUUCACGCUAUCACAUUAAAUAGAAUAAUGGGGUCAAUGGUGUUGGUUUGCUGAUUUCAACAGAGUUCUUGUAUUACGCUCUUCUGGAUGUUUUCAUGAAAUUAAUCUCAACCUCAAUCUUAUAAGAACAGUGUUUUUCGGGUAUGAAAAGAGUUUGUAAACUGAACUGCUGAUAAAUUUCGCUAGUUUGUCUCCUACCAGCUAGUCUGGUCGGAACCACACUUUGAAGUUUGACCUUUCAGCCUCCAGUUUUUGCCUGACAAAAGUUUUAAUUUAAACUCUACCCCAUCAAUGCCCCACUUUACCAUAUUUUAGUUUUUUUGUCCGUAAGAAAAGCUUUCCCAAGUCUUCCCUACUAAAUCUUUCUAAAUAAGCCUGAAUUAUCCCAACGUAAGGCCUACAAGUAUCCAAGUCAUCUCCAAUUUUCUUGAUAAACUUGACUACACGGUUUAUUAACUAAACCUUUUGCUGUUAUGUAAAAAUACCAUAGACCGAGGUUACGGCUCGGAUAAUGCGGUCGCUCCCGUCUUUAAGAGCUUCCUCGAAGAAGUUUUUAACAAUUUGCAGUAGAUAAAGAAUACUUUGCUUGACUUAAAGUAAAUGCAUUCAACUGUAUAUUUCUCUUUUAGCAUGACAUUAAAUUUGGUUAAUAUUGGCUGAAA